CUGGGUAGGGCUGCUAUCGAGAGAGCAUCCGACAGAUAUUGCAUAGAUUGGUAGCAUCAUCCCCGAGAUUCCGACUGCCCAAGCAUUGUUCGGGCAAUUGGGUUUGUUGAGAAAUUGAAUCUUGAUGGAAAGGAGCGCUUGAUUUCGUUGUGCAGAUUUCGGUGUGCUUUGAGAUAACAGUAGUCAGUGAGGGAGCUCCGCAGCCAUGGCUCUCGCAGCUCUGCGUCCUGUGACCAAUCGCCUUGCCCUUCUCCGUCGACUGGCUUCGCUCUCGUUUUCUUCCCAGCUGAUUGCGCCUUUCAAUUCGAAUCCCACAUGGCAGAAUUCAGACCACGUUGCUGGAGUUCCCUCGGUGACGCCUCCAGUCUGUGGGGGUUUUUCGCGGCAAGUACGAGAGCCUCACAGCGAGGUGUUGUCUGGUGCUGCAUCGAUCGAGCAGUCUCCUGCUGCGGCUGCAGGGGAGCAUGCGAUCCGUAACGAGCCUAGGAAUGAUUGGACUCGCGAGGAGAUCCAGGCCAUCUACGAGUCUCCAUUGAUGGAUCUCCUGUUGUAUGGGGCUCAAGUUCACAAGCACACACACACGUGGAGGGAAGUGCAGCAGUGCACAUUGCUGUCUAUCAAGACGGGUGGGUGCUCGGAGGACUGCUCUUACUGUCCGCAGUCUUCACGUUAUAAUACGGGUGUCCAGGCUCAGAAGCUGCUCUCCGAGGAUGUCGUUCUGGAGGCUGCGAAGAAGGCCAAGGAAGCAGGGAGCUCAAGAUUUUGCAUGGGAGCUGCUUGGAGGGAUACUGUUGGAAGGAAAACUAACUUCAAUCAGAUCCUAGAAUACGUCAAGGAGAUUAGGGCUAUGGGCAUGGAGGUAUGCUGCACAUUAGGUAUGUUGGAAAAGAAGCAAGCGGAGCAACUCAAGACUGCUGGACUUACUGCUUAUAAUCAUAAUCUGGAUACGUCCCGAGAAUACUACCCGAACAUCAUUACCACACGAUCAUAUGAUGAGCGACUUAAAACACUUGAGUUGGUUCGAGACGCUGGGAUCAGCGUGUGCUCAGGAGGUAUCAUUGGACUCGGUGAAGCGGAAGAGGACCGCGUGGGGCUGCUACAUACUUUAGCCACUUUGCCGGAGCACCCCGAAAGUGUUCCCAUAAACGCGCUCCUUGCAGUGAAAGGCACCCCACUCGAGAACCAAAAGCCUGUGGAGGUAUGGGAGAUGGUGCGGAUGAUUGCAACAGCUCGCAUCGUAAUGCCAAAAGCAAUGGUACGAUUGUCAGCUGGGCGAGUGCGCUUUUCGCAGCCAGAGCAGGCAUUGUGCUUCAUGGCAGGAGCCAAUUCAAUUUUCACUGGGGAGAAGUUGUUGACAACUCCAAAUAAUGAUAAAGAUGCCGAUCAACAGAUGUUUCAGACGCUGGGUCUCAUCCCCAAGCCUCCCAACUUCCAACUAGGCCAUUCCUAUUCCAGUGGAGAUGAAAGUGUCGAGGAAGCUGCCGUUUCUGCUUAAGAUCCGUUCCUAUGGUUUCCUUCAUGGAUUUGAAGCAAUGUUGCAAACACUUCUUUUCGCUUGUAAGCAUAUUUUUCCCCAGAUUCCAGCAGGUUCACAGAGGUUAGUCAUUUUUGAAGACUUGAUUGUGUGAAACUUAUUUAGAGUGGUUACAUUAUGACUACACAUGAUGGAGGAUUAGCUCAUUCACACGUUUCUACACCAAUUACAGAUUCCCCCCUGGUUUGAAUCACGUGAUCAGUGCAUGACCUUCUAUUCCUCCUCCAUACCAGCGCUUUGGUCCUCAGGGUAUCCAAUCAGCAAACUGAAACAUAAGUUCGAGGCUGUCUGUUGAUUGCCAGCAUUGGUCUC